GACCUGACCAGACCCAGACGCAGGGAUGUGUGGUUCAGUGUGGUGUCUGCUGCUUCUGUUGCUCUGUCCUGGUACUGAUGAGAUGGUGCUGGAGGACAAAGCCUUAGCCAGCCAGUCAGGGUGGCGUACAUAUGAGCUGCAGAGAGGACAGAAUGGCAUCAACAGCUUCAAAAGGCAUUCAGACGGAACGUUCACCAAUGACUACACCCACUACCUAGAUAAGAUCAAGGCUAAAGACUUCAUACAGUGGCUGGCCAGCACCAAACGAGAGAAAUGCAAGGAGCUUCCCCUCAACCUAGAGGGGGUGUGAGAAGACCCAGACACCACCAGAAGUACCACAAGGACGUUUCCUAGCUACAUCAUAUACAGCAGUGGAGGCUGUUGAGCGGAGAACGGCUCAUAAUAAUGGCUGGACCGGAGCAAAUGGAAUGGAAUCAAAGACCUGGAAACCAUGGAAACCAUGUGUUUGAUGUAUUUGAUACCCUUCCACUAAUUCCGCUCCAGUCAUUACCACAAGCCCGUCCUCCCCAAUUAAGGUGCCACCAACAUCCUGUGAUGGGCAGUAUCAUAAAACAGGACCUUCUACCAACUAAAAAUAAAAAAAUAA